AUGACUGACAUUGAACCUAAAUCUAUUUUAUAUUGUGGAAUUUGUUCAUGGCCUCCAGAAUUUUGUGAAUUUGGUAUCACGAAAAAGAAAUGUCAAACAUGGUUGAAUGAAAAUCAUCCUGAUUUAUACCAAUCAGUAUAUCCAACUGCUGGGAAUCUAUCUACCGCCAAUACCCCUGACGAACUGAAUAAAAAGUCCAAACCAAAUACAACUGAUGAAAAAGAUAUAACUGGGGAAACCACUGGUGGAGAAGAUGGAUCUAAUGAUGAUAUUGUAACGAAAAAAUUACUUGAAAAAGGAGUAUCAGAAUUAUCAAUUUCUAAAGAAGAAAAAUUACAGCAAGAAUUGAAUAAACGAGCAGCUAAAGAAGAAUUAAAAUUAGAAAGGAAACAACUUGAAAAAAUUUCAAAUUCAAAAAUCAUUAUUAAAAAAAUAUCUCGUAAUAAAAAAAAAUCAAUUGUUUCUAUAUCUGGUUUAGAAAUUUUAGAAACUACUGCUGGUACAACUGGUACCUCUAAUAAUAAAGUAUCAAUUAAAAGUUUACAAAAAAAAUUUUCAUCUAAAUUUGCUACGGGGACAAGUGUUGUUAAGAAUGCUGAAAAUAAAUCGGAUAUAUUGAUUCAAGGUGAUGUUUUCGAAGAAGUUCAUCAAUUUAUAGUUAAUCUUUUACAAGAACAAGGAUUAAAUGAUAUUAAAAUUGAAUUGACCGAUGAUAAAUUGAAAAAGAAAAAAUAA